AUGAGAGUGCUGCGACCUCCCAGAGGUUCGUGGCCCUUUGUUUCGGCUCGUGCCAUGGCAAGCCUUCCAACUUGGAAUGGACACUAUGUCAACGGUCAGUGGACCUCUUGUUCAUCUGGAAGAUUUUGUGAUGUGACCGACUCCAACACGGGGCAGGUGUGUGCGCGGGUCGCCUCUGGAGGUGCUGAAGAUGUGAACGCUGCGGUGUUGGCGGCCCGGUCAGCCUUUACAGCUUGGGCCGAGAAACCGCUGAGUGAACGAAAGGCCGCUUUGCAAAAGGUCCUGGAGCGAUGGCAGCAGAAAAAGGGAACUGCGGUGGAAUGGUUGACCAAAGAGCUAGGCUGCAAUGUGAAAUUUGCAACACAAGUUCAGGUGAACAUGGUGGAUAUGCACUUGGGCUCAAGUCUCAAGAUGGUGGACUUAAUCAAGUUCGAGGAGAGGAUGCCAAUGGGCAGCUUGGUGGUCAAGGAGCCCGUUGGCGUAGUUGGCUGCAUUACUCCAUGGAACUACCCUUUGAACCAGAUAGCUGCGAAGGUCUUCCCAGCAUUGCUAGUGGGCUGCACGGUGGUGCUGAAACCCAGUGAGGUGACUCCAGUGUGUGCUUACCUACUUGCAGAGGCAAUCCACGAGGCUGAGGUCCCCCCUGGCGUCUUCAACAUGAUUAUGGGUGAUGGGCCAAACUGUGGAGAGGUGCUCGCAGCGCAUGAAGAUGUAGACCUGGUGAGCUUUACAGGCUCCACACGAGCCGGACGACGGAUCUCCGAGGUGGCAGCGAAAACAUUGAAAGUGGUUCGAACAGAACUGGGCGGCAAGAGCGCUGCUUUGUUGCUGGAGGAUGCAGACUUCCAGGCUCUCAUCCCCAAGUUCGUGAAGUCGCUCAUGGCCAACACUGGGCAGUCCUGCAAUGCUUUGAGCCGCUUACUGGUUCCCAGGACUCGCUACGAGGAAGCUGUUGGCAUAGCGAAGAAGGUUGCAGAGGCAACGAUCGUCGGAGAAUCUGCCGAUUCCAAGGCCUCUAUCGGCCCAGUAGUGUCUCAAGCGCAAUGGGACCGAGUGCAGGGCUACAUCCAGACUGGAAUUAAGGAGGGUGCAAAACUUGUAGCUGGUGGUCCAGGGAGGCCAGAUGGCCUCUCUAAUGGAUUCUUUGUGAAGCCGACAGUCUUCGCAGAUGUGGAUAACAAGAUGACCAUCGCGCAGGAGGAAAUCUUUGGGCCAGUUCUGUCCAUCAUCCCCUACAGUUCGGAAGAGGAGGCCAUUCGAAUCGCCAAUGAUACCGUGUAUGGCUUGAACAAUGCCGUUGGAAGUGCAUCUCCUGAGCGAGCAGUUCAAGUUGCACGAAAGCUCCGCUCUGGCAUGGUCAUGAUCAACGACACAUCAAUUCUACCAGAUGCACCUUUUGGCGGUUACAAGCAGAGUGGAAACGCCCGUGAGUGGGGCACAAUGGGAAUUGAAGAAUACUUGGUUACCAAGACCUUAGCAGGCAAGCCUCCCUCAAAGUUGUAG